AUUUUUUUCUACACACACUUGUUAUCUCUUCCAGUCGAGUCCCGGCCGCAUUUCGGGAUGCACACGUGACGCGCUCCUAAGCUUUCUGCUCGCCUAGUACUUUUUGUGACGAACAAUACAAAAUUAGUGUUUUUUGUUUGUGCAGUGUUUUGAAAUUCCAAAAACAUUACUUGUGUUAGUUUGGUGUGUAAAAAAAAAUUACGCAUGCGGUAGAACAUAAAAACAUAAAAUAUGAUAAGCAAAAAGAGAUAAAACUUUUCGGAAUGGAUGAAAAACAAACUUAGUGACAAUGGUGGUGCAAUGGCCAAGUCCGGAGACACUAUGGUGUGCAGUGCUGAUGGUGGUGAUGGUGAACGAGGUGGUGACGCUGAGCGGGCCCAACGUGUGCAUGGUGCAACAAAAAUACAACAUAACGAAACGUGUGAAGUACCGUGCUCCGAUGUCCGUCAGAACGUACGAGUGGUGCUUCGCCAUGCCCCCGAGGUGCUCCAGAUGGAACACUGAGAUGAGGGACCUCACUAGACUAGAGACUGAGGAGCGCACAGCAGAAGUGGCUGUCUGCUGUCCUGGGUACAAAAUGAAGGAUGUCUCCUGCGUGCCCAUUUGCCCCAGUGGGAAAAUGGGUCACGGAUGCAAUGAAGAUUGCCCCCCAGACAAGUGGGGUCCAAAUUGCGUGAACGAGUGCCCCGAGUGCCUGAACGGCUUCUGUGUACCCUCCACUGGGGAGUGCGACUGUGAAGAAGGAUGGCAAGGUGAGAGUUGUCAAAUCAGCAUGUCAACAGUACAAGUUGCACCCGCUUUGAUGGAAGAAUUACUAACUACCACCAAAUCAACAAUCAAAACUCUUCCCACCACUAAAUCAACUGCCCCAACGACUAGAAUUACAGAACUUUCUACCCCUAGAGUCACUCAUACAGAUACUUCGACUACAUCGACUCCUUCAACCACGACGACAGUAAAAUCAACUAAAGUGACACUUACAUCAACUAGUAAGACUGAAACUACUCCGACUACUAUGACUACUCCGUUAAUCAAAUCGACGCAACUAACCCAAUCUACCUCGUUUUUUAUAUAUUCCAAUGCAACAAGUACACCUUUCACAACUGAAUUUUUUGAAUCAAAAACUACUGAUUUAGUACCUAAAGUGACGGUUACUAACUUCAUCUACAAUAGGACAGAAACUCCCGAAGAAGGUACGUCAAAUACGUUAAGUAAUUUCUCAAAUGAGCAUGAAACAUCGACUAUGUUAAAUCCAAUAUCUAUUAAAUCUUCCAUGGCCCCAUUGAGCUCACCCCCAACUACCACUACUGAUAAUCCAACUACUCUUACAACAACUACUACUACCCCAUCAACUACUUCUACCACUACAUCAACUUCUCCCACACCCACUACAGCAACAACUUCUAGUACCACAACUUCAAAAGUACUUACUACUAUCGUGGAAGAUUCAUCGAAGAUCGAAACGACGAAAAAAACAGAAACAACAAUCAAGAAUCAUUUUACGACACUCAAGUUUAAACCUAAAGAGAUAUGGAUUAAACCUACUCAAAAAGGUGUGCCAAUUCACAUAGAAACUAAAGUCAAAAAUCACGAAACACAUGCGAAAUUUAAAAGCGCUACUCAUAAAAAUGAACCUACAUCGGAAAACACAACGCCGAAGACAAUUAUAGUAUCGAUUAUACCAACUUCAGUAUCCCACGCUACUUUCAAGAAGAUAUCUUUGACCACUGCAUCAUAUUUGUCUCAUAAAUUUAAUCAUACAACGAAAUAUAAUAAAACAGACCAGAGUUUCACGAAAUCUAUGACUUCCCAAGUAUCUACAGCUAUACCAUUUACUAUAAAAUUACUAUCUACUGCCAGUACAAAAAAUAGCUCUUCAAAAGCUUCGACUCGUUUUCCAAAGAGCAAUGCAACUUCAAAAGUCACAGCAUCGACUAAGAAUGUUUUCUUGAACACAACUAAGUUUACGUCUGAAAAGCACAGCACAACUAUGGCAACUUUAAAUUUAUCUACGGCAACAUUGAACUCAACUUUACCAACAUUAAAUACAACUAUGGCCACAAGUACGACUAACAGCAUGUCAAGCACGUUGAAUGCAAACGAGAAACUGAAUUCUUCUACUUUCCUAACAAUCAAGCCUCCAACUAACAAAUAUACCUAUAAAAGUUCAAACGAAGUAACAACAGCAUCUGUUAUUGAUAAAAGAGUAUUCGUUAAAGAUGAAGCGAUGAUUACAACUGAUAAAAGAUUACAUACUAAUAUAAAUGACCCAAAGCCAAAAGUAGAAGUUAAUCAUACUACAACUGUUAAAAAAGUUGUUAAUUCCAACGGGUCUGUAAAAGUAGAAGUUACUAAAACAAAAGGAAAUAUUAAAUAUGUAGCUACUAACAAUACAAAAAAGGUUACUACCAAAUGGAAUAUAACAAAAACUACUACCAAUAACCCAGUAACAACCCAGGAACCGAUAGAGGAUGAAACGUUUCAUAUUUUGACAGAACCUGAACAUAUCACCGCAGUGAUGAAUGAUAAAGAAAGAGACCAUACGUCAGUAGAUUUGAUAUCCGUGAUAAGUAUCGCUGGGGGUGUGAUGAUGGCUAUCAUCACAGUCGCUGUGGUCAUAGUUAUGAUAGAAAGAUGUAAGAGGCCUAGAUAUGAAGAUGUAAGGAAAGUGAACGAUAUUCGGAUGCAAGUUAUGAUUGAUAAUAAGGAUCCACCACCAUAUGUGAGAAGCAUUUUUCACACUCCGUUGCCAGAGCCGCCAUCCUCCGACAACUGUCACUAUCAACCAAUAUCAACUUUGGAUAGGAAUUUGAAACAAUUUAUGAGACCUGUGGUUGUACAAGCAAUAUCACCAAUUAUGUUGGAGAAUUUUAGAGGUAUUUUGGAAUGCCACUACGAUCAUUUACCGAAUCGAAAUCAUAGAAUUCACGAAUUCGGAACGAUGCCCACUCGGUGUUCAGUGUCGCCAUCUAUGAAGUGUGACGAAGAACUGCUUCGACACCGACCGCUGUCAGUCGCGGACUACACGAUCGAGUCAUUAAAAUGUGAAGCGAAGAUGGACAUGAUAGAUAAUACCACGUCAGAACCGUUAUAUGCAGAAAUUCCAUGUUGGAGGCCACCGUCCGAGCAUGCAGUCGAAGUUAUGAACUUGAAUGGUGAAGCUGUUACGGAAUUAUGACAAGUUUCAGAUGUACAUGUACUACAUUGAACCACUCAGUUCUUCGAGCCACCGCUAGAUGGCACUUAAAGUUAAAAAUAUAAAAAUAGUCGCAAAUUAAUUAAAAGUUUACCAAAGACUCAAGUUAAUUAUUAAGUUUUGGAAAAUACUUGUAUUUGCCCAUUGUAGUAAGUUAAGUUAUUGGAAUUAAAUGAUUCUAA